GAAGUAUAUAAACUUUGUCUCUGUCACGCUUGGUCACACUUACAUAAGUAUCAGCAGUCAGCACCUCCACAGUACGAAGUCUGAAACGUUUGUAGUACGUCUUGUACCUCACGUUUUAAGAACAAAAUUCAUUUAACAUGAGUUUGUUCCCUUCUGCGUCUGCUAUUGCUUCAACAUCAAGUAAUGAUAAAGAUAAGGAAUGGUUGCAAAACAAAAGCUUCAAGAAAGAUGCUGCUAAAGCAUUAAGAAAACACCAAGAAAGUUUAAAAGAAGAACUACCAGUUGUAUUUAAAGAAGAAUCCCCCAUUGUAUAUUCUGACCCUUCAAGUAACCAUGAAAGUGAAUCUGGGUCAGAACAAGAAGAACGCCAACCAAUUGAAGUAAAACCUGAAGUUAAUGAUGCCGGUAGUGAAACGAUAUUUGUGGAUAAAGCUGCUGAUAAGAACAACUUGUAUUUUGGAAAGCCAUAUAGAGUGCCGAUUCCAAAGUUUUACCGCUGUGUUGAUUCUUGCAUUGGACUCCCCAAGCAUAUGCAAAUUAUUUUCAAAACGAAGAAAAAAAGGAAACGUAAAUAUGUUGCAACAGAUCCAAGAUAUUUUCACAAAACUAUAAACGACGAUGAUACAGUAGAGGUAGCUGAAGAUCCUUUUAAGACACAGACUGAGAUAUUAAAUAUUGAAACUCGAGAAAAUCCAACCAACAUUGAAGCUUGGAUGGAACUUGCUACACUACAGGACAGAACGCAUGGAAAAAGAGUGAAAUUCGCGAAUGAGAAAAAAGUUUCAAUCCUCAACAAAGCUAUUGCUGCCAAUCCUAAAAAUGUAGAUCUUAAACUUAAGAGAUUAUCCUUCCUUGAAAAUAUAUCCGAAGAUUCUGACAGGGAAUGGAAGAAUCUUGUUUUCCAACAUCCAGGAGACAGAAGAUCAUGGGAGGCUUACAUCGGACACACAAUGAGCGGAGCUUCAUUUAAAGUACACAAAACUCUUAAAGCUUUUGAGAAAUGUAUUCAAACAUUAAGUUCAUUAAGAUUCCAAAGUUUUCAAACAGAAGAAACUGCUGCGAAAACUGAAAAUGACUUGCUGGAAAUUUUUGAAAAAUUAGUCGAAUUUUUUAUCGAGAGCGGGUUGGUGGAGAGGUGCGUGCUCCUCCUCAUUUUACUCAUGGAAGUCAACCUCCGGACUUGCUCCUGCUCCUAUGUGGAGGAUGUGAAGCUCUUCUAUGAGAGCGGGGAGGGGAUUCUUGGCGAGAAAAAGUCUUCCGGUUGGAAAAUAUGGUCCGAAAAACAUCAAAAGGGAGGAUGGUCCUCUGUGGUGGAGGAAGAAGAAGAAGAGGAGUUUGUGGAUGAUCUGGAUGUUGAUCCGGACCUUGAUCUUACUCAUAACUGGUUGGUGAUGGAGUCCACAAGAGGAAAGAGAGACAUUUAUCCUUGGAGAUUGAAACAAGAUUGCGAAGACGUGGGCAGAAAAGUAUCUUUUGAAGAUAUCAAAGGUUUUAUUUUCUUUACAAAAAAAGUUUCAAGUCGAUUACGUUUGCUCGAAUUGUUUGUGAAAACCUUGGGGGCUAGGAAUGAGAAUGUUCUGGAAAGAAACUUUUUACUGAGCCAGCCCUGCCACCUAACACAUGCAUUACAUAGCACUGGCUCAUUGGGUGAUAUAUCCCAGCUUAAGUUUGAUUGUGGGACACAAUGUACAGACACUAUGCUACCAAGAACCCCACACCAUGAACUGUUGUGUUUGGUGCUAGAACAACUGUGUUCAAACUGUCCCACUGAUGUGAAAAAAGGUGUUGCCGAAAUAGGAAUGGAUUAUUUUGUCGUAAGGGCUACGGAAUUAUCUAAAUUUCAAGGGAAAAAAGCGGAAUUAAAAAAAACUGAAAAAGAAGCCAAAAAGUUUGCGAAAUUCGCUCUUAAAACGGACCCACUUAAUUUUGUUGUAUGGGGAAAAUUAGCCCGUGUGGAAUUUCUUACAGGAAAGGCAGAGGACAGUCUUAAAGUAUUUCAAAACUCUCUAUGUACAUGUAAGCAGCUGGAAGAUGCCCUAGUCCUUUGUGUUAGUUAUAUUGAAUGCUUUUAUGACUCGAAACCUGAAUCAGUAAAACCCAUAUUAGCUGCUCUUGGAGAUGGACUCAAUUUUAAAGAAGUUUUUCAGAAUCCAGAGAAAGUUACAGGAGCAAUGUUGUUGAGAGGUGGCAGAGGGUUGGAAAGAUUGUGUGAAGAUAUGGCAUGCCUUUAUCCUUCUGUCUGUUGUUCUAAGAAGGGGGACUUAAGUCAGUUUGCCAACAUCUUAUGUUGCUAUGCCGUAUUUCUUGCUCUGUCUUCUUCAACAAACGUGGACAAGACAUUGAAACAAUAUAUCAGUGUUAUAAGAAAAGAAUUUAAUUCAGGAAACACACAAGCCGCAAUGGACUUAAAAUACAUUCAUAAUCUAAGACUUCGUCUGAUUAGUCCAUGCGUUGCACAAACUACUCAAUAUAGAAAUGCUGUUCUGUUUGCAUUGGAUGACUUUCCUGAUUGCCCUGAAUUUGCUCUAAAACUUUGUCAGCUUGAAGUUGGUUCUGCAAUUACGAGCACAGCCAGAAAACUUUUCAGCCCGGCCACAAGCAUUGCUGCAGCAUUUUACUCGAUAUAUUUCGAACUGUUGUCUCACCAGCGUACUGCAGUGCAUGGUAACUAUGUCAACCCAUCACGCGUGAUCAAUUUGCUUGAAAGGGCGGUCACAAAACACAACCACAGCGUUUUACUAUGGAGAUUGCUUAUCCAUUUUUCAAAGGGCAGUGAAAACGUUUUAACACGAGCGAUUUUCGCAUGCCCAUGGUCAAAAUCACUCGCAUGUGACCAAAUCCGAUUUAAACCAGAUAAAAUAAGUGAUGUGAUAAAAAAUAUGCAUGAUAUCGGUAUUAGAAUUCGUACUCCUAUUGAGGAAGUCCAACUACUGUUAGCCAUGUAAACUUUAAUAAUAAAUUUUUUUAAAGUGAAA